AGCCAUCCGUUCCCCAUUUUGCUCAAACCAAACCGAAAACCCACUUGCUCAAUCUAUCUGAUUUGCUUAAAAAAGCUCAGAAUUAUCUGCCUCUUUCCAUCUCUCUCUCCCUCCUACUGCAGUUUCAGUUCGGGUUUUUGUUUUCACCAGAACGGUGAGGCAAAUCUGACUGUUGAUUGACUUAAUCAAACCCACUUGGUGCUGUUUGAUUGAUCACAGCCGUUGAGCUGUUUCUGUUGUCUGGAAGUUACUUGCUUAAACGGUAGUUGGGUUGGCUUCACUUGCCGUUUAUAGCAAGUGAACCAACUUGGGCUUGGUCAAGUGAACCAACUAUACACAACUAAAAUAGAAACAUGGGUUUGGUUUAAUUAUUAUUAUGAUGCCUGUCUUUGUUGUUGAUGUUGUUCAGGUUUUUGUCUAAAAUUGGAAAUAAAAAAAAUUAAAUAAUUGAUUUUUUGGGUGAGUGUACGGAAGGUGUUUGAUCUAAUUAGUCCAUGGAAUGUUUGAUCCAAGCCCUGAAAUUUGAAAGCUUGAAGGUGGGUUUGGUAUGUGCUGAGGUUGCUGAGAUAUUUUCAAUGGAAGUUCUUUAGUAGCGUGGUUUUUGACGUGCAUCUGAGCUGAUUUUGAUCAUAAAUUUUCUGGAUAUGGAGAGUAAGGAGCUGAAUUUAAAUAAGGAGUGUGGUGCUGGUGUUGGAAAUAGUAAGGGGGGUGGAGAUGGGUUUGUUGAUAGAAGCAAAGUGAGGAUUUUGCUAUGUGAUAACGAUGCCAAUAGUUCGGAGGAGGUUUUUUCGCUUCUCGUGAAGUGUUCUUAUCAGGUGACUGCAGUGAGGUCAGCUAGACAGGUGAUUGAUGCAUUGAAUGCUGAGGGAUCUGAUAUUGAUAUCAUACUUGCUGAAGUUGAUCUCCCCAUGACUAAAGGCAUGAAGAUGUUGAAGUACAUCAUGCGGGAUAAAGAGCUACGACGCAUACCUGUUAUCAUGAUGUCGGCACAGGAUGAAGUCUCUGUUGUUGUCAAGUGCUUGAGGUUAGGUGCAGCCGACUAUCUUGUGAAGCCUCUACGAACUAAUGAAUUAUUGAACUUGUGGACACAUAUGUGGAGAAGGAGGCGGAUGCUUGGCUUGGCAGAAAAUAACAUUUUGAACUAUGAGUUUGAUCUGGUGGCAUCAGACCCGAGUGAUGCUAAUACAAAUAGUACUACUAUGUUCUCAGAUGAUACAGAUGACAGGUCUCGGAGAAGCACCAAUCCAGAGACAGGAAUGUCAACUCAUCAGGAGACCGAAGUGAGUGUUGAAGUUUUCAACACUGCUGCUGCUGCUUUUGUGCCUCCUCUAUCUGAUGAACCAGAAUGUCGGCCUGAUGUGCCUGGAAUUUGUGACCGCCGGACGGGUCAAUUUUCAGCUGGUCCAAAGAAAAGUGAACUAAAGAUUGGUGAGUCAUCAGCCUUCUUCACCUAUGUUAAAUCAAGCAUGCCUAAAAGCAAUGCCCCGGGGAUUAUCAAUGUUGAUGAUAAUUCUACUCAAAAUGUGAGGAUGGAAGAGAAAUGUCAACCAUGCGGUCAACAGGUGAUUAUUGAUACACAAAUACAUGAAAAUGGAGAGGCAUGGGAAAACUGUUCUCAAGGAGAUGAGUUUCCUAGCAGUAGUAGUGUCCCAGAUUCUCUUUCCUUGGACAGGUCCUCUACCCCUACAGUGUCUAUGGAUUUUCCACAAAAAAGGCAUUUCAUAAACGAAAAGUUUGCUCAGGCACAUGCACCUCCUAGAAAUGAACCUCAGCACGAACUAUCGGGUUUACCUGCACAAACCACAUAUCCUUAUUAUAUGUCAGGCGCAAUGCAUCAAGUUAUGAUGCCAUCAUCAGCACAUCUGUUUCGAAAGAAUCUUCAUGACCUUCAAAAUCAUGCUACUUCAGCAAUGCUUCCUCAGUACAGUCACCUACCACAGUGUCUCCCUCAUGUAAAUGGCAUGGCACCUUUCCCCUAUUACUCAGUUGGUAUGUGCUUACAACCUGGUCAGAUGUCUGCUAACUCAUGGGCGUCAUUUGGGAGUCCAUCUUCCUCUGAAGUGAAGUUGAAUAAAGGUGACAGAAGAGAAGCUGCAUUGAUGAAGUUUAGACAGAAAAGGAAGGAGCGGUGUUUUGAUAAGAAAAUUAGGUAUGUUAAUAGAAAACGGCUUGCUGAACGGAGGCCCCGUGUGCGGGGACAAUUUGUUAGGAAGAUAAAUGGUGUAAAUGUGGAUCUUAAUGGGCAACCUGCUUCAGGUGAUUAUGAUGAGGAUGAAGAUGACGAGGAAGAGCAGGCAUCAAGAGACUAUUCUCCUGAAGAUGAUACUUCAGGAUAUUAAUUUGAAGUUGUUGGUUAUUGAUGAAGGGUUUAUUCUUUCGAUGUGGCAACCUGCAGUUACAAAGCUUUUGUUCCGGAAAUCUCUGCACCUUUAGCUGUUUCCCGUCUUGACAAACAAGAACUAAUGUUUGAUGGCUUAAUUGUGGAAUACAAACAUAAAUCCAUUGUUUGGAGGACACGAAUCAGGCCAAGUAGAGACAUUUGGUGCUUCCAAUGCAUACGCAUCGGGGUGGUUGAGGUGAUGUUAAUGUUCAUGUGGCACUUUGGAUGUCCCUUUUUCUUCACUCUGUUUUGAUUAUCAUUGGGUACCUAUCAAAUGGAGUGUAUGAGUUUUAAGUAUUCCGCCAUUGCAUAUGCGGGGGAAGGAUGCAAUCGCUACUUUGUAUUAUCUCCAUGGUCAUAUAUUUAAACAAUGCGAAUAAAAACCUUCGCAAUAUCUGUUUAGAAAUGUUGGCCUUAUGGGAAAUCGCUCCAAACGAGCAUGUAAUCUUGUAUGGAG